UAGGAGACGCAGGAGCGCCAUCAAACACAAGAAGAAGAAGCAGCGAAGAAUUGAUCUAUAUUCAUCUUGAGACAGCAGGUGGAUGUGAUCUGCAGUAAAUCAGUAGGAACUGAUCUGUCCAUGCUGGAUAUUGAUCAUUUCAUCACAGAAAUCUCUCAGCUGAAGAAAGAGGUGACGUCACUAAAGACAAAACUGAUGGAGAAACUCUAUUCUAAUGACGGUAAUCAGGGUGAUCAAACCUCCACAGAGUCUCUGACUUCUGUCUGUAACGCUGGAGAACAGCAGAUGCUGCAGACACCAGCGGAGAUUGAAGUGAAGCUGGAGGAGAUAAAAGAAGAGGAACAACAGAGUAAUGAAAAUGAUAAAUAUGAUGAUGAUGAUCAAACCUCCACAGAGUCUCUGACUUCUGUCUGUAAUGCUGGAGAACAGCAGAUGCAGCAGACACCAGCAGAGAUUGAAGUGAAGCUGGAGGAGAUAAAAGAAGAAAUCACAGUAGAGGAACAACAGAGAGAUGAUGAAGAUUAUAUUUCAGAGCUGAUGGAAGUGAAAGAGCAAUGUCAAGAACUGAAUGAAGUGGAGGAGAAACUUCAGUGUCAGAAACAUUAUGAUUUCACAACUGGAGAAAAAUCUUUGAGGGACUCAAAGACUAAGAAGAAUUUAUCACCAGAAAAGCAUAAAACAAGAGCAGCCAAUAAUACUUUCACCUGCUCACAGUGUGGAAAGUGUAUCACAAAUAAAAGCCGGCUUAAUAAACACAUGAAAGUUCAUACUGGAGAGAAACCGUACACGUGCCAUCAGUGUGGAAAUAGUUUCUCAAAUAUAGUUUGUCUUAAAGGUCAUCUCUGUUAUCACUCUGGAGAGAGAUCAUUUGAAUGUGAAAAGUGUGGUAAAACAUUUGCUUUGAAUUCAAGCCUGAGAAAACAUCUGAAAACUCACACAGAUGAGAAUACCGGUGUGGGGGUUCAUAUGUGCUUUGAAUGUGGGAAGACCUUUACUACAGCCGGCCUCUUGAAACAGCACCAAAUGAUUCAUACUGGAGAAAAACCAUACAAGUGUUCACACUGUGAAAAGAGUUUCACUCACACACAAAACCUGAAAAAACAUGAGAUAAUCCAUACUGGAGAAAAACCUUACAAGUGCUCACAUUGUGAAAAGAGUUUCACUCACUCACAUAACCUGAAAACACAUGAGAGGAUCCAUACUGGAGAGAAACCUUACAAGUGUUCACAUUGUGAAAAGAGUUUCACUCAGUCACAAGAUCUGAAAAAACAUGAGAGAAUCCAUACUGGAGAGAAACCUUACAAGUGUUCACAUUGUGAAAACAGUUUCACUCAGUCACAAGACCUGAAAAAACAUGAGAGAAUCCAUGCAGGAGAAAAACCUUACAAGUGUUCACGCUGUGAAAAGAGUUUCACCCGGUCAGAACACCUGAAAUCACAUGAGAGGAUCCAUACUGGAGAAAAACCUUACAAGUGCUCACACUGUGAAAAGAGUUUCACUCAGUCUCAAAACCUGAAAACACAUGAGAGAAUUCAUACUGGAGAAAAACCUACAAAACCAGUUGGUGGCGGUAAAGCGCCAACAUCGAUUGGUUUGCAAGCCGCCAUUAAACCUCCGAAGAAGAAGUUGUUUGCUCGCUCGAUUCGGGAUGUGUUCAUCUCAUCCAUACCAUCUCUGAAACAAAGUGUUUUUUUUUUUUUAUUGUAUUUUUUUUUUAUCAGAUUUAUUCUUGUAUGUAAUAAUAUCAUAAUCUUUUUAAGUCAGAUGUUCUUCUUGAAAGAGCAGGUGGAUGUGAUCUGCUGUAAAUCAGUAGGAACUGAUCUGUGCAUGCUGGAUAUUGAUGAUUUCAUCACAGAAAUCUCUCAGCUGAAGAAAGAAGUGACGUCACUGAAGACAAAACUGAUGGAGAGAGACGACAGGUUACAGGAGCUGGAAAAGGUUUCCUGUCAAUCUUCAGUGUUUGUGACUGAUGGGACCUCCACAGAAUGUCAGGAUUCAGUGUGGAGCGGCAGAGAUCAGUCCACACCACAGCGACUGCUGGACAAACUCUCUGAACAGAGAUCCAGAGACACACAGGACUCACAGCUCACUUUACUCUGUUCUACUGACGGUAAUCAGGGUGAUCAAACCUCCACAGAGUGUCUGACUUCUGUCUGUAACGCUGGAGAACAGCAGAUACCAGUGAAGAUUGAAAUUAAGCUGGAGGAGAUAAAAGAAGAGGAACAAGAGAGUAAUGAAAAUUAUAAAUAUGAUGAUGACCAAACCUUCACAAACUCUCUGACUUCUGUCUGUAAUGCUGGAGAACAGCAGAUGCUGCAGACAUCAGUGAAGAUGUGUUCAGUGAAGCUGCUGGACUGCAUGAACCUGAUGAAGAUGAGAGGAGAAAUCAAAGUAGAGGAACAAAAGAGUAAUGAAGAUGAUGAUCCAACCUCCACAGAGUCUCUGACUUCUGUCUGUAACGCUGGAGAACAGCAGAUGCUGCAGACACCAGUGAAGAUUGAAGUGAAGCAGGAGGAGAUAAAAGAAGAGGAACACAGUGAUAAAGAUGAUUUUGUUCUUUCAGAGCUGAUGGAAGUGAAAGCAGAAAGUCAAGAGCUGAGUGAAGUGGAGGAGAAACUUAAGUGUCAGAAAUAUCAUGAUUUCACAAUUGGAGAGAAAUCUUUGAGUUGUUCAGAGACUAAGAAGAAUUUAUCACCAGAAAAGCCUAAAAGAAAAGCAACCAAUAAUACUUUCACCUGCUCACAGUGUGGGAAGACCUUAACUACAGCUAGCACAUUGAAACGGCACCAAAGAAUUCAUACUGGAGAGAAACCUUACAAGUGUUCUUCAUGUGGAAAAAGUUUCAUUCGGUCACAACACCUGAUCAAACAUAAGAGAAUUCAUACUGGAGAGAAACCUUACAAGUGUUCUUCAUGUGGAAAGAGUUUUAUUCAGUCACAACACCUGAAAACACACAAGAGGAUCCAUACUGGAGAGAAACCGUACAAGUGCUCACACUGUGAAAAGAGAUUCACUCAGUCACAAGACCUGAAAACACACGAGAGAAUUCAUACUGGAGAGAAACCUUACAAGUGCUCACACUGUGAAAAGAGUUUCACUCAGUUAAAUUCCCUGAAAACACAUGAGAGAAUCCAUACUGGAGAGAAACCUUACAAGUGCUCGCACUGUGAAAAGAGUUUCACUUGGGCAAUAAGCCUAAAAAAACAUGAGAGAAUUCAUACAGGAUAUGACAAAGUGGGUACAGUUGAAGGAGUUGCCUCACUUCCUUUGAAAAAACUUCCUAAUGACCUCUUUGGCUUCUUUGCUUCUGAUGAAGUUGUAGAGGGCUCUUCCAGCAGGAGACGCAAAAGCGCCAUUAAACACGAGAAGAAGAAGAUUUUAUCUAUGUUCAUCAUGAGAGAGCAGGUGGAUGUGAUCUGCUGUAAAUCAGUAGGAACUGAUCUGUGCAUGCUGGAUAUUGAUGAUUUCAUCACCGAAAUCUCUCAGCUGAAGAAAGAGGUGACGUCACUGAAGACAAAACUGAAAGAGAGAGACGACAGGUUACAGGAGCUGGAAAAGGUUUCCUGUCAAUCUUCAGUGUGUGUGACUGAUGGGACCUCCACAGAAUGUCAGGAUUCAGUGUGGAGCGGCAGAGAUCAGUCCACACCACAGCGACUGCUGGACAAACUCUCUGAACAGAGAUCCAGAGACACACAGGACUCACAGCUCACUUUACUCUGUUCUACUGACGGUAAUCAGGAUGUUCAAACCUCCACAGAGUGUCUGACUUCUGUCUGUAACGCUGGAGAACAGCAGAUGCUGCAGAUGCCAGUGAAGAUUGAAGUGAAGCUGGAGGAGAUAAAAGAAGAAAUCACAGUAGAGGAACAACAGGGAGAUGAUGAAGAUUAUAUUUCUUCAGAGCUGAUGGAAGUGAAAGAGCAAUGUCAAGAACUGAAUAAAGUGGAGGAGAAACUUCAGUGUCAGAAACAUCAUGAUUUCACAACUGGAGAAAAAUCUUUGAGUUGCUCAGAGCCUAAGAAGGAUUUAUCACCAGAAAACCAGAUUAGAAAAGAAACCAAUAAUACCGUCACCUGCUCACAAUGUAGAAAGAGUUUCACAAAUAAAAGCCAGCUUAAUAAACACAUGAAAAUUCAUAUUGGAGAGAAACCUUACACGUGCCAUCAGUGUGGAAAGAGUUUCACUAUUAAAGGGCACCUUAAUUCACACUCAAGAAUUCAUACUGGAGAAAAACCUUACAAGUGCUCACACUGUGGAAAGAGUUUCAAUGUGUCACAAAACUUGAAAAGACAUGAGAGAAUUCACACUGGAGAAAAACCUUACAAUUGCUCACACUGUGGAAAGAAUUUUACUCACUCACAUAACCUGAAAACACAUGAGAGAAUCCAUACUGGAGAAAAACCUUACAAGUGCUCACAGUGUGAAAAGAGUUUCCCUCGGUCACAACACCUGAAAACACAUGAGAGAAUCCAUACUGGAGAGAAACCUUACAAGUGCUCACACUGUGGAAAGAGUUUCAUUCAUUCACAUAAUCUGAAAACACAUGAGAGAAUCCAUACUGAGAAAAAACCUUACAAGUGCAAACAUAAACAUUCGAUAUGUUAGCGUAGUAUGAAAUGUCUUCGAUGCGGUUGCCAUUAUUGAUUGAGCACAUAUAAAAUCAGUGUUCUUAAUGAUAUCUUUGCCUUACCCAGAUUCACUACGGUAAGCCUACAAAAUUAAUAAGUAUUCUUAGCUGUCGGUUCAGAUUUGGUGUGAAAUCGCAGGCAUAUGUCAGUCAUCCUUGCGUCUUUACGUCAUGUCUGUAAUCCCAGAAAAGAAGUACAGGUUGUCACGUAUAAUGGUGGGGGAAGCAAUCAUGUUCAGUCACAGUUCAGGGCAGCAGUGUGGUUUGACAUUUAUCUGUUAACUGUUUGGCAAAGAUUUAUACUUGCUAAAAUGUUUGUAUAUAUUUUCUUGUGGGGUUUUUGAAGUUUAUAUUGCUUUUCAUGCUUUUAUGAAUUGAUCAUUACUCAUGUGUGUUUACAUGCUUUUGUGUUAAAUAGCCACUAAACUUAAAGUUAUUUACAUGAAAUGUAUAAACAUCUCAAGUUGUUUAUAAUGUACCAGUUGUAUUGCUCAAAAAAUAAACAAAAAAUUUGUUUAUUGUGUUUGCCUAAAACUAUUAUAUUGCUAAUUUCUGAAAAUUAUUUUAAUGUUUAAUAAAGAAUGU